UCUCCAUUGCAGCUCCGACGCACUUGUCACGCACCUUUCUCGUCGAUGCACGCUUCGCCUUAGCUAGCUACCACCGUCACAUACCGAGGUUGGUACGUAGCUCUUCUCCGGCGCCGGCAGCCCAGGACCACGUACGUCGAUCGAUGGGGCGGCAGCCGUGCUGCGACAAGCUGGGGGUGAAGCGUGGGCCGUGGACGGCGGAGGAGGACAGGAAGCUGAUGGCCUUCAUCCUCGGCAACGGCGGCCGCUGCUGCUGGCGCGCCGUCCCCAAGAUGGCGGGGCUGCUGCGCUGCGGCAAGAGCUGCCGCCUCCGCUGGACCAACUACCUCCGCCCCGACCUCAAGCGCGGCCUCCUUACUGACGACGAGGAGCGGCUCGUCGUCGACCUCCACGCAAAGCUCGGCAACAGCAUGCAGAUCAUUAAAAAAUGCAACUUGGAGGUUAGACAGCUUCCAAGCAGUUUAAUAGAAGAAUUUGGGUGCCUACAAGUGAGAGAGCAGGCAAUGGUACUCGAACUUAAGAUCUCACGGGCAGGGCAGGGCAGAUGGUCCAAGAUUGCUGCCAAGUUACCAGGAAGGACAGAUAACGAGAUUAAGAACCAUUGGAACACACACAUCAAGAAGAAACUUAUCAAGAUGGGCAUAGAUCCUGUUACACACGAGCCACUCGACGGACGGAAACAACCGCAACAAGAAAGCCCCACUACCACAUCCGCACAUUCCUCCACCGUCACAGCUGAAUCCAAGUCUAUGGACGACCAACAAGAGAACAAACACGUUGACACAGACAAGGAUGUUACAUCGUUUGGGGAAGAGUCUAGCAUGCCAGAAUCGUCAAUCGUGAACACUACGACUAGUGUGGGCAUCACUAACCAUGACCAGGACCCGUUGGUGAAGUGGCUGAUGGAAGAGGAGGAGGACAUGCCCAUUGGCGUUGUUGAUGAGUCGUGGCUUCACUUAACAGCUAGUGACAACAUCGACGAUCUCAACAUCAUCACCGCUACCACCCCAUGGGACAUCGUUAGAGCUACGGACUGGUUGCUUGACUACCAAGAUUUUGGAGUAGAGGAAUCGAGCUUGCUAGUGGACGUCUCUAUGGUCGACAACUCAAGCAGAUCAAAUCUCUAGUGGUCUACCUACAUCUAGCUAGCAAACGGUUGGAGAAGAUGCCAACAUGUGUUGUAUAGUGGAGCAGAUAAUAAGAUUCUCUCUCAUCUGGAUCCAUUUAAUUCUUAGAUUGAAGAAUUGAGUGAUACAUAGGUUAGUGUAAUUGUGUUGCAUAUUUUCCCUUGUGGGUCAAGGGGAUUAAUCAAAUUGUUCCAUUAGAAAUAUAUGUUUCCUCUCAAAGAGAGAGGCUGUAGAAGUCAUAAAUAUAUGUAUUGGUCUACUUGUAUGUAGAUGUUUACAAUACAAAAUGUUUGUGUGAGAAA